AUGUUCAGUGGGGAAGGGAAAUUCCGGAAGACGUAUCGUUACCAAUUCGAUCAACUUCGUUCGGGAGAUGAAACAGAAAUUCCAAUGUCAACGCUUGCGUCUCGAAUCGAAACAAGAAAGAUUCCAUUGAACAUGGGACAAAUUAAUGCAAUAAAAGAAGCACCAGAUGAAUUAGUGGACGUUGAUGGAUUCCAGAGAAUUGUUACCUCGAAAGCAGCUCAACGUUCGACAAUCAAGCGGUUGAUGUAUGACGUAGCAGAUCCGGUGAUGAGUAAGAGUCAGAAAAUUGAAGUUCACUCUUAUAUUGAUUCUUACUCAUGUUGUCCACCACCUAUUUUCAUGUUUCUAAUCACUUUGAUACAGGUCGGAGUCUUUCUUUUCUAUUGGGAAUCAGAUGGACGUAAAAGCAUUUGGACAGAUUGUUCUGGAUGUUUUCAGCAUCAUAAUCACACAGCACCUGGAAUUUUGAUCUUCGCUCCGAAAUUAAGAAAAGAAGUUUGGAGAUUCACAUCCUAUAUGUUUCUUCAUGCUGGACUGAACCAUCUUCUUGGUAAUGUGGUAAUACAAUUGCUAGUUGGGAUCCCAUUGGAAGUGGCCCAUAAAAUCUGGAGAAUCGGACCAAUUUAUUUGUUAGCCGUAACUGCUGGGUCACUUCUACAGUAUGCCAUCGAUCCGAAUUCGCUUCUUGUUGGAGCUUCAGCUGGUGUUUACGCUCUCAUAUUUGCACAUGUCGCGAACGUUAUUUUGAAUUGGCAUGAAAUGCCAUUCCGUUGGAUUCGUGUUUUAAUUCUGGCCGUUUUCAUCUGUUUCGAUUUUGGUGGUGCCAUUUAUCGUCGAUUCUACGCUGAUCAGUGUGAUUCGGUUUCUCAUUUAGCCCAUAUCGCCGGAGCAGUUACUGGAAUAUUCUUCGGAUACUAUGUUUUGUAUAAUGUCGUAGAACACAAAAUCGAAACUAUUAUCAGAUAUGUCUGCUUAGCACUGUACUCUUCCCUUUUUGUAGUGACCAUAGUUUUUGUUAUUGUUCGACAACCAUAUUCCAAAAAUCUUUGGAACGAUGACAAGUGUACCUAG